UACAUUUCCAGCCCUCUCUCUACGCAAGCCGACGUCCACGGCACGGCGACACAAGUGCGCACUACAGGCGAGAGAGAGCGAGGAACGGCAGGCGGACCGACGGCGGCGGGUACCGGAGCGACGACGCGGCGGUGUGUCUGUCUUUGUGGGAGACCGGCGGACUGGAUGGUGGAUUUGUUUAUUCUACGGAUUUGGAUCAGGGGCUAGGAUAACUUCGCAUGGGACAAAACCCGCCUUCUUUCAUGUCCUCCACCGAUUUGUUUCGCCCGGCGUGUUGACGCCAGUGGAGAAGGGGGAUAACGGAGGCUACUGGAGGAGCGCAAUUGACAGAUAGGCGAUAUGAAUAUACACGCGUUUCCGUCCACCAGCUGUACAGGAUAGAUGCGAAACGACACGGCUUGCGAUCUUACGUGGGAUUCCAGGGGCUUAUAGCCUAAUGCAGCAACGUGAGUCGGUUUGAACGGGGACAAGAAAAACAUGCUCUGCUGCACGCUUGAGAUUUUUGCACCGUAGGGCAAUGUGUUAUUGACGAUUUGCACGGCGUGGAAUAAUGCACCGAGACACAACUUUGUUCACAGGCCUGACAGACUGCGAGCCGUUUGAUUAUAUCCUGUAAAAGUGCAUUCAUUUGCAAGCCUGGCGUGUGCUAUAGUAAUCCUGUUAUUCUUGAAUAUAGCCCAGUGCUUCAGUAAACGCCAGUGCCAUUUAUCCGUCAGCCCCCGAAGCCCUGUGCUGUUUUACGGUUUACAUUUGUAAAACCCAAAUCCUGCGGUCUGUUGAUGUCAGCGAUUGCGUGGUGUAAAUAAAAACCCAAAGCUCUCCAGUUGUGUUUACCAAAUGAUUGGUAAAUUGUUGAUGUAGGCAGGCCUAACCUUCGCUUAAUGCAGAUCCAAUCAAUAGCGAGAUAAAGACAGCUCUGGCAGGCUGUUUAUGCAGCUCUGUAAGUGUCACGGGGGUGUGUUUUAAAAUCCCGCAUAUCUAGUUUUUACACAUGCCCCAAAGAAGCACUGAAGCUGCUCAGUAGAGAGUGGAGACUGUCAAAACACUGUGUAGUGUCGGAGGAAAUACUGUAAAGCAACAUCUCAAGAAAAAGUUUCAAUGGUUUUCCGAAAGUUGCCCGGUGUGUCGGCAUCGGGCAUGGGUCUGCGCCUGUCCCAGAAAUUCGUGUUUCUGCUCUUUCUCUCGGGUUUGGUAACACUGUGUUUUGGGGCCCUUUUCUUUUUGCCCGACUCUGUCCGACUAAAACGGAUUUUUUUGUCCAAGACAGAGACCCAGCCAGUGACUGUCGGGUCCGAGAACGAUGCCAGGGAGCACUUAAAGAGACCCAAGAACCAGGGGGGCAUGACCCCAGCCAAAGGAGAGACCAGCACCAAGCUGAAAAGUCUGAGCCGCAAACCGCCCGUCUCUUACGAGGCGACCGAGGAGCGGCUCGCCGGGGGGAGAGCGCAGGAGGACCUGACUCUGCCCAGGUCGAAAACGGAGUCCGCCUCGGCGAAAGCGACCUCCUCCAACCACGGUGCCAACUCGGAUACUUUCAGUUACAAUAAGUUCAGAGGCUGCCUGCUCAAACCCCCGCUGGGAAGAGACAACGGCAAGCCGAGCGACCCCAUGACUAACGAGCGCCGGGAGAAAGUCAAAGAGAUGAUGAAGUUUGCCUGGGACAACUACAAGCGCUAUGCCUGGGGCAAGAAUGAGCUGCGGCCUUUGACAAGAAAUGGACAUAUUGGCAACAUGUUUGGUGGCCUGAGAGGAGCCUCCAUCAUUGACUCACUGGACACACUAUAUAUUAUGGGACUGAUGGAAGAAUAUAACGAUGCCAAGGAGUGGGUGCAGACCAGCCUCGACCUAAACUCGAACGGCGAAGCAUCGCUCUUUGAGGUGAACAUCCGUUACGUUGGAGGGUUGCUGUCGGCAUACUACCUGACAGGAGAGGAGCUGUACAAGAGUAAAGUAAUGGAGCUGGGAGAGAAGCUGCUGCCUGCCUUCAACACGCCAACAGGAAUCCCCCGAGGAGUCAUCAACCUGGGGAGCAGUGGCACCAGUUGGAGUUGGGGCUGGGCCUCAGCUGGGAGCAGCAUCCUGGCUGAGUUUGGGACCCUUCACCUCGAAUUUGUCCAUCUGUCGGAGCUCUCCAGGAACCCCAUCUACACAGAGAAGGUGAUGAACAUCAGAAAACUACUGAACAAGAUUGAAAAACCCCAUGGGCUGUACCCCAACUUCCUCAGUCCAGUCAGCGGCAACUGGGUCCAACAUCACGUUUCCAUCGGUGGCCUCGGGGAUAGUUUCUACGAGUAUCUGAUCAAAUCCUAUCUGAUGUCAGACAAGACGGACGGAGAUGCAAAGACCAUGUACUACGGCGCUCUGGAGGCAAUUGAAGCUAACCUGGUGCAGAAGUCACCGGGUGGUCUCACCUAUAUGGCCGAGUGGAGGGGAGGGAUCCUGGACCACAAGAUGGGCCACCUGGCCUGCUUCUCUGGGGGCAUGAUCGGCAUCGGAGCUGAUGAUGGAGCGCCGGAGAAGAGACAGCACUACCUGGACCUGGCUGCCGAGAUCACACACACAUGCCACGAGAGCUACACUCGCUCAGCCACCAAACUUGGACCUGAAGCCUUUAGAUUUGACGGCGGAGGAGAAGCCACAGCAACCAGGCUGAGCGACAGAUAUUACAUCCUCCGACCAGAAGUCAUCGAGAGCUACAUGUACAUGUGGAGACUGACCCACGACCCCAAGUACAGAGAGUGGGGUUGGGAGGCUGUUGAGGCCCUGGAGCAGCACUGCAGAGUGGAGUCUGGCUUCUCUGGGAUCCGUGACGUUUACACAAUGACAGCCAGCCACGAUAACAUGCAGCAGAGCUUCUUCCUCUCAGAGACACUCAAGUAUCUGUACCUACUCUUCUCUGAUGACGACCUUCUCCCACUGGAGGAUUGGGUCUUUAAUACAGAAGCCCAUCCGCUGCCCAUCAUCCGCAAGAGCUGCCUGCAGGACGAAGCAACACAGGAUAAGACAGUCUCCGAAUAAGACUGAACACCACCAAUAACUGAGACAGUUACAGACACGUGCACAUGAAAUGUGCACAAGAGUCUCACACAAAUAUUGCAAACACCAAUUCAAUGCAGGUUCAGAGUCUUUUCAGGAGCGUGUUACAGACUCUCAAUUCCUUUCCAGUAAAGGAUGUUGUCAUUUUACGCUGUGAUUGUAUAUCCGUUCGCCGGGGUUCCUUCCUGCUGGCACUUCUUUUUUGUGGACAAUCAAGACAAACAUGACUUUCAUGAAAAGAGCACCUCUUUCUUUCUUUCUUUCCUCUGUGAGGAAACCAGUAUAACUUACAGACCCAAAUGUAAUGGGAAGAGGGUUGAACUAUGGGCCAUAUUGUUAGAGAGAGAAAUGUAAAGAAAACCACUUGAGUUUUGCUCUUUCAGUUUGUUGUUUUGUUAAUCUUAAGUGAUGAAUGAUUUCCUUAUCUCGUCAUUGCAUUUUUUCCUUUGUGAGUACACUCUUUGACCAAAGGUUUCUUUGCAUUUCUAUUUUCCCCUUUUUUAGUAAUGUUUUUGUUGAGAUUUGACAGAAAGUAAAAUUUACAAGUAUUGAAUUGUAAUGAAUAUUGAUUAAUGUACAGACCAACAUGAAAUGUGAUUCUCGAAUCCACCUCCAGACUAAUGUUGAUGUCAUGUUUCUUACGGAAACAAGCUUGAAUGAAUUUUAAAAGUUUGGAGGUGUCAGGACAGUGGCAAGCAUCCAGGGACCAUUUCUUAAAAACAAUUAUGUUGGGUUGAGUUUCCACUGUAUGCUUGGGUUAUUUGUGAAUGCUUUCUUAGUCCUCUCAGCCUUUCAAAUCAAAGUAACAAAUGGAGUACUGUCAGUUCUGUGGCUGUAAUACACGCAUAAAGGAAAAAGAACGCAUUUGCUAGCCAACUCCAAAUGGGUUUUCCUGUUUCUGUUGUAGUUUUUCUGCUUCACCUUGCCUUUACAUGUGAAUCCAUAUGGCUGCAAAUACUGAUGUUAACGUCCGUAAGCCCGAGAGCAGAGACAAGUUUUAAUUUUCUUUACUGUCCUUUUCAUCACUGCUGUCCUGCACAGUUGUGGCGCGAAUGUGCUGUAAAUACAGAUGAAGUGACUGACCCCUGUA